AUGACUUCCUACAAUAUCCACCAGCAGAUCUUCUCGCUCUCAUUCGCGUCAGGCAUUGCGACGGGUUGCCUAGGCACGCAGGCCGAUCUCCAGCAGAAGAUGGACGACGCGCUGCAGCCCUCUAUCGACAAGCUGCACAUCGGGCCCUGGGAGGUCGUCUGGGGGCCAGUCGCCUGGAAGCUCAACCCAGACGACACAUGCUCCUCCGCCGACCACAGCUUCUACGUCGCCCGCAACGCCGCGGCGGACUGGGGCAGCGGCACACUCUGGAACACCUACGUCGUCGCAAUGGCAGGCACUGCUACGAAAUCGGAUGUGGACUUUCACGAAGACGUGGAUAUCGACCGCGUCGUCGACUUCGAGACGUUUGCACGCGAUGGGGGGAGUUCCGUUCCUGUCCCCGUUGACCCAGAUUCGAUUGACCCGUCGAAAGCGUAUAUCGCGUUGGGCACUGCCAACGGCGUAAAUCGACUCUUGACCAUUCCAUCCGCUGGUGACGGCACGACGCUAUCCCAAUUCCUGGGAGGAAUCCCCGCCGUUGACGAUACCCGCAUCGUGUUCACCGGUCAUAGCCUUGGAGGCGCACUUUCGCCUACUAUUGCUUUGACUGCUCUCAAAGCAGGUAUCCUUAGCAAUAUCCCCCCAGGGAAUACCUUCGCAUAUCCAAUCGCAGGACCGACUCCGGGGAACCGCCCAUUCGCUGACCUCUUCGCCGAAUCGUUUCCCCUCGUCACAGUCGGCCCCAGCGCAUACCAAGUCUGGAACGCAAACAUCUGGAACCAGUACGAUAUCGUACCGCACGCAUGGAAUAUCGGCUCUGUCGAGGGACAGAAUCUCUGGGAUAUUCUCAGGAUUUACGGGGACUUGCCUACGGGGCUAGCUUUGACGGUCGCGUCGGCGAUUGCAGUCGUGACCAACGCCCGGAUUACGCCUUCCGGGAUAGACUAUGUGCCUAUACAGGGCAGCAGGAUACGUCCGCUGCCUGCGCCCCCGACCCCACAGUCGUUUGAGGAACUUCGCGACAUAGCUGGGCCCCAACACGUGCAGGGGUAUAUCGAGUUUGUUGGAGCGGCUGUCCCUCCCGCGCUAUGCGAACCACCUAGCCCGCAAGCUACGCCCGUGCUUAGAGUUAUUGACGAAGGGAGGAAGAGGAACAAGAGGAAUGAGGAGGGAAGGAAGGAGAAGUUCUGA